AUGGCCGAAGAGCUAGCAGAGCUGCUGUGUGGUUUUCUGGAGAGUCCACACUGCAGACUGGAGACUCUGAGACUUUCUGGCUGUGGACUCUCAGAGACUCAUUGUGAAGUUGUGGCCUCAGUUCUGAAGUCCAACACCUCCCAUCUGAGGGAGCUGGACCUGAGUGACAACAAGCUGCAGGAUUCAGGACUGAAGCGGCUGUCUGCUGGACUGGAGAGUCCCCACUGUAGACUGGAAACUCUCAGACUGAGUAGAUGUAACCUCUCAGAGAGAAGCUGUGAAGCUCUGUCCUCAGUUCUCAGCUCCCAGUCCUCUCGUCUGAUAGAGCUGGACCUGAAUAACAACGACCUGCAGGAUUCAGGAGUGGAGCUGCUGUCUGCUGCACUGGAGACUCCCCACUGUACACUGUGUAUUCUCAGGGUGGAGCCUGGUGGAGUCCGAUGGUUGAGACCAGGUCUGAGAAAGUAUUCCUGUGAACUCACAUUUGACACAAACACAGUACACAGAGAGAUCAAACUGUCUGAAGACAACAGGAAGGCGACACGUGUGGAAGAGGAUCAGUCAUAUCCUGAUCAUCCUGACAGGUUUGACUUCCAUCAGCUGCUGUGUAGAGAAGGUCUGACUGGUCGCUGUUACUGGGAGGUCGAGUGGAGAACAUGGGUUUCAAUAGCAGUGAGUUACAGAGGAAUCAGAAGGAAAGGAGAUCAUCGAGACAGGAAUGCCUGCAGGUUUGGGGAAAACGACAAGUCCUGGACUCUGGAGUGCUCUGGGUAUUACUUUCCCUUUCACAAUAACAAAGGAGGAGGCUUCUCCAGUUCCCCCUCCCCCUCUGGCAGAGUAGCAGUGUAUGUGGACUGUCCUGCUGGCACUCUGUCCUUUUUCAGAGUCUCCUCUGACACACUGAUCCACCUCCACACCUUCAACACCACAUUCACUGAACCUCUUUAUCCUGGCUUUGGGUUUGAUAUGUUUAACGAGUCUGGUGGUUCAGUGUCUCUGUGUUCUCUGUAGGAGGGAGGGUCUCCUCCUGUUAGAGAAACUCUCUGCUGACCAGAUAGUUCAGUCUGUACAUAAUCACACACAGCGGAUGUUCGUACCAACCUGAUGUGUUUAUUGUAAUAUAGGAGGAAGAGGAGGCUGAAUGUAGAGAAGAGCAAAGCAUGCUGGGAUGUCGGGGUGCAGACGUAGAGAUUCUUUUCACUCUGUAGAAAGAAAUAUGUUCUUUAUUUGUUUUCUGCUCCACUUUUUUAAUUGUUUUUUUUCUAGUUUUCAAGUUUUUUGUCUCAUUAUUUUUGUGAAUAUUCAGUUUCAAGUUUUUCUGCAGAAAUGUAAAGCGGACAUAGAUGUUAGUUGUUUGAACGCUUUGUCCUGAUGUCAGCACAUUUAUCAGCAUGCUGACUGUGAAUGUUUCUUAUCAGCAUGUUUCUUUUACUGAUUUUUCCUCUGCAGAAGCUGAUGACGUCUUUAAAAUAUAUGUUCAGAAAUCUUUAAAUCACAAAGCUUAUUUUUUGUCUUUGAUUAAACAUAACUACCUUAAAACAAAAGCAUCUAUAGGUUGAUGGAUGCGGAUCAAACGUCAGAACACACACACUCCAGCACAUGCCAUAUUGUGAGCAUGAGAAAUAAUCAUUUAGUAUGUUGGAAUGAAACACAACCCUGCAAUACAAACCUGGCACAUGUAAAUAUAAAGAUGUAAGAUUAUUAUUUCACUGUAUUCUGGCCCGACAUUUAAUGGCUUGAAAAAAAUUGCAAGACUUAUUUGCCGUGUACAGGGCGUGUAAUCUGUGUUGUGAGAAUGAGAUCCAUGUGAAGAAAAGGACACUGGAAGCCUUUGGGGGCCUUCAUAGAAACAGUUUGAAUGCCUGACACAGAAACAGGCCAUAUGCCUUUGCUUUAAGAGUGAUAAUCGUUAACUGCUGAGCUCAUAUUACAAAAGUACAAGUUAAGUAAGAAAGAUGUUUUAUUUGAGAUACUGUCUUUAUUUCUUUAAUAAGUCCUACAGUAUAUCUCUGCAUCUCUUGUGCUUGACCUUUUCUUUGUCUCUAGAGACUUUUGUCUGUGUAUAGUCAUACAUGCUCAGCGUCAUGCUGAAGUCUCAAAAUAAGAUGCUAAUUUCCAGUAAAGACGAAGCUAAAAGCUAAAAUAGUGACAACCCAUGUUUGAUGUCUUUUCUGCAUUUUGUGAAAAUAAAUAUGUUUCUCUUUUGAUGGACAUCAGAGGGAAACUAAAAGGC